GGGGAAACUACAUGAUCCAGAUGGAAUGGGGAUCAUUCCAAGGAUAGUGCAAGAUAUUUUCAAUUAUAUUUAUUCUAUGGAUGAAAAUUUGGAGUUUCAUAUUAAGGUAUCAUAUUUUGAAAUUUAUUUGGAUAAAAUAAGGGACCUUUUAGAUGUCUCGAAGACCAAUCUUUCUGUUCAUGAGGACAAAAACAGAGUACCUUAUGUGAAGGGCUGUACUGAACGUUUUGUAUGUAGUCCAGAUGAAGUUAUGGAUACUAUAGAUGAAGGAAAAUCUAACAGGCAUGUAGCAGUUACAAGUAAGUG